GUUUGCUGUCACCCAAAGUUGUCGGAUCUCGGCAGCACUCGCGCGAAAGCCAUACUUCAUCACGCAUUCGGAACUUUUCCGUCGCCACGUCGUUAUUGUGUGUGGAGUGAAGUGACUGUGUGAAGGCGUGAGAGCCUCGGACACAUUUAGACUUUAUUGCCAGUGUUGUAAUCAUGAUGGAGCGAUCCCUCAAGUCUGCCAGUCCCCCGCCACCGCAGGAACCGCAGCGCAGCUCCCCGCCGCUGCCGCAGGUGGACACGCAGCUCUCGCCGACCGCGGGCGCCCCCCCGUGCCGCACUGCCCGCGUCUACACCAUCGAGGACAUCCUCGGCCGCCCACAGUCUCAGGACUCGACUCCACAGGGCGCCGCGACCGACAGUCAAGUAGCAGAGUCUGGCAUGAGCGUGGGAAGUCCUGAGGUGUCCCCCCGAGGGGAGGGAGACCCAGCUACCUCCCCUGGGUGCCCGGAUCAUCACGCUGACCCCUUCGACCCCGACAAGCCACGUAAGCUGACGUGCCCUGGUGCUCCUCGCCCGCAGGUCCGGCGGUCCCGCACUACCUUCACCACGUACCAGCUGCACCAGCUGGAGCGGGCCUUCGAGAAAACGCAGUACCCCGACGUGUUCACCCGCGAGGAGCUGGCCAUGAGGCUGGACCUGUCGGAGGCGCGCGUGCAGGUGUGGUUCCAGAACCGCCGCGCCAAGUGGAGGAAGCGCGAGAAGGCGCUGGGCCGCGAGAGCCCGUCCUUCCUGGGCGUCGAGCAUCCACUCGGGGGGAUGCCCGAGCUUCCCCUUCCCCUCGCGCCGCCUCCGCACUCCGUCGCCGCCGCCGCCUCCGCCGCCGACCUCCUGCACUUGCACGCCCUUCACGCCCUCCACCUGCAUCCAUUCCUGCAUCCGCCUCACGCCGCAGGACUCCACCACAAGGCUACAGGACCCCCGCCGCCGCCCCUCCAUGCGCUCUUGCACCACUACAUGCUUCCCCCAGGACUGCCGCUCCUGCACCCCGCCUCCAGCGCAGCCCAGGGCAUUCACGUCCCUCUCCUGGGCACCUCCACGGCCGCCUCCACGAGUCCCGAGGCGUCUCCCGCCAAUUCGCCGCCCAUCACGACCCUCGCGACAGCCACCACCACCACCCCGACGGGCGCCCCCGCGUCUCCCCCCGUGGGACUCCCGCUCGACUGCCGUGGCGCCUCCGUGGACCUGCUUCGGCUGAAGGCUCGCCAGCAUCAGGCCCUUCUGGAGCGCCUCUCGCCCCCUGCGCCCGGAGUGCACGCCUCCUCCUGAGCAUGCUCCGGGCGUGUCCUCAAGACCUCCUCGUGCCCUUCGGUAUUCAAGAGAUGUUUAGUCCGUAAUGUCAAGUCGUACUCAUCCGGGAGGGCCAGUCCCAGGCCGCCUUGACCUCUCAGCUACGAAACACAGCAGUGGAAGGCGUCGAGAUGGAUGCCAGUAGCUUUUAGUUCGUAUCCCGGGUAGCCUUAGGUCGGCGCCCGCUUGGACCGGGAGGCGUGUGACCUUUGCUACCGGUGGGCGGAAGGUUGGUACCCUUGUGAUGCCGGUAGCCUGAAGGUUGGUACCCCUGGUGUGCGACAGUACCAGUGACGUCACCAUGAUUCUAGUGUUAAACUUUGUUGUUACUUCAGUCUAGAUGGUGGCGCUGUAGGCCGGUAGCGAGCAUACAAAAGAUUAAUCGUUCAUGUCAUAAUCCCGAGCGUGACGCAGUAAGGCAGCAAGUGGCAGAGGCAAGGGCGCCACGCGACAGAGGACGCCGUCCUAAGUGGCGUUCUUGUGCGUCUCGAGCGUCUCUUCCGGCCUAGCCAGAUGAUGGUGGCGGCAAACUCUUUAAUUACCUCUUUAUCAUCCUAUCAUUUGAACAGAUCGCUUAAUUCACAAAGAAUCAGGGGGCCUCGUGGGCGCUUGCAUUCGUUUCCCGCUCAAAUGAGUAUUGGAAAUAAGGUCGACUUUCCUUUGUCUUCCUCGUUGUUGGUUAGGAGUCUCUUUGCCAAUAUUCCCUUUCUUUAUUGACAAGUAUUCAGCCAAUCUGGCCAAUUUGUCAAGAAAUCAAGGAAUUUCAACUUUAUUGGUAAGCGUCAGGAGGGCCAAUUUUGCUCUUGUCAACACCGCAAAAUUGCCCCUAUUGUCCCAGGGGCUAAAGCUCAAAAUAGACCAUUUAAACAUCCGUUAUUGACAAUCGUCAGCAAACCAGCUAAUUUUCGGGGCUCACGGGACACUGAUGCUAAUUAAUUAAGGCGGUAAGGUCGUAAUUGACGUGGCCCGAGUGGCAGAGAAUAUUAGGGCGGGUUUAUUUGCUCGGUCCUCAACAACACACUCACAGCCGAGCCAAGUUUUCCACUGCGAGCUUUUUUUCCUGAAUAUCUCAUACACUUUCUCUUAUUUCUCGGUCUUUUUCCAUUCCUCUAGGUUUUUAUUUGAAAGGAGAAGAGGCUUAGAAUUAAUUCAUCUUUUCUUUAACGGAGAAGUAAUUCAUUACACUGAAAUGAAGGACCAUUAUUUCCUCGUUCCCCAUGCGUGCCAGAUUCUUUCGGCCUCGGAUGAAUCUCGCUCAACAAGUUUACGCAUCAAAAUGAAACUUCUUUAACUUUUCUGGUUAAAAGUCGAAGUAAGCUAAUAGUCCGCCUCUCGGCUUGUCUCUGUCGAGUUGACGGUAAGGAGCCAAUUGACCGACACUCCGUCAACAUCGGCUGUGUUUGGCUUCCUGCUGGCCGCGGACCCUCCUUCCGGACCCGUCUGCCGCUGCCUCUAGUCAAGGGCGUCUCAAGGAACUUCCGCCGACUCAGCCAGAUUAUUUAACCCUUCUGCGGUCGCGGGUUUCCAUCUGGUGACUAAAAGGCGUCUGGCGGUCGUGUGGCGUCGGCGAAGGCAGGGAGGCGGUGCUGCAAGUCGCACUGCAUCUGGAGGAGCCGCCGCCACGGCGUCUCCGGCGGAUCUUCGGCGGCGUCAGGGCUGAGGAGAGCGAGCGCCGCUUGCGCCUCCAGUCUGACGAGAGGCUGUCGGUUCUCGCUCCCGCAGUAUGCUGGCGAACUGCACCUUCUAAGUUCAUUAAAUUAUCACUCAUUCCCUCCCUUUACGCCAUUUCCCUUCAAUCAUUUGCGCUUGCCCUUCCCGUCUCCUGCUCGACUUUAGUGUUGUGCUGUGAUAGGUUUAUCACCCAACCUUAAUCGGUGUUUAUUAACAGCUAUUCUGAGCCAAGGCUUAAUUAUUAAACAGAAUUAUAUCAAUUCCGUAUAUCAUAAUUGUUGUUAUCGCUGGGAAAAUAGAUACGUAUAGUAUAUAAUCAAAACAAUGCUAAUCAUAAUUAUAACAGUACAUUCAUUUAUAACGAAAGGGGUAACCAAGAAGUGUGGAUUGAUAUAAAAAUCAAGUAGAAGUAUUUUCUAGAGUAUGUCCCUACUCGCUCCCUUCCUUCGUGUACUAAACCUAUUAUGAUAACCUUGCCAUUAUCAUGCUUUGUUAUGCUAUUAUGUUUGUAUUAAAUGAUUAAUAUAAUCAGUGUUGUUUUACCAUUUACAAAUCUAAUCGAGCUACUACAUGUCUAUAGUUGUGUUAAGUUAAUAAGAAUGUACAUAUUAAUAGUAAUGAUAGAAAUAAACGUCUGUUAUGC